UAAAAGGAAACUUUCUUGAUGUAUUAUGUAGAACCAUACUUAUAAAUCAAUACUAAAGAAAGAAGAAUCAAUGGAGACGAUGAAGGUUGAAACAUUCGCUAAUGAAAUCAUAAAACCAUCUUCCAACACACCAAACAAUCUAAACACUCUCCAACUCUCUAUUUAUGACCAUAUCAUCCCUCCUGUUUAUACAGUGGCCUUUCUCUUCUACACCAAUGAUGAAUUGAUUUCUCCAGAACACUGUUCCAACAAACUCAAAACUUCUCUCUCUGAAACCUUGACCAAAUUUUACCCUCUUGCCGGUAGAAUCAACGGCGUCACCAUCGAUUGUAACGACGAAGGAGCUAUUUUCGUCGAUGCUCGUGUCAAUAACUGUCCUCUCUCUAAUUUCCUAGGAUCUCCGGAUUUCAAAGCCAUCCAACAAUUACUUCCUCUUGAAGUCAUCGAUAACCCUAAUGAGGCUGCAAAUACAUGGCCUAUCUUGCUCGUAAAGGCCACUUAUUUUCCUUGUGGUGGAAUGGCCAUAGGAAUUUGCAUUAGCCACAAAAUCGCGGACGCAGCCUCCAUCUCAACUUUCAUUUGAUCCUGGGCUGCUAUGGCUCGAGGAGAGGGCGAAUCUCUGGUUGAUCCCGCGUUUGCAGCAGCAAAUUUUUACCCACCAGCCAGUCCGUUCUUUCAGCUUCCGCUGGACGAAAAUGCCAACAAGAUAAGCAAAAUAACAAAGAGAUUCGUGUUUGGUUCGUCCAAGUUGGAAGAGCUUAGGGUCAAAGCUGCUACUGCAGACGUCGUAGCCAAACCUACCCGAGUGGAAAGUGUUACUGCACUUCUUUGGAAAGCCUUCGUUGCAUCCUCAAGCACAAAUACUUCCGACACGAAGAUUUUGAUCCAACCAGCUAACUUGCGCCCCAAGAUACCUUCCUUUCUGCCAGAAAACCUAAUCGGAAACGUCAUGUUCUCUUCUGCAGUCUUGAGUGUUAGUCGAGGAGAGAAUGUUAAAAUUGAAGAGGCCAUUAAAGACUUGCGAAAAAAGAAAGAGGACUUAGGAGUUGUAAUCAAAGAUGAGGAUGGGUCAACGUCUUUGAAGAUUGGUGCUAAACUAGCAAAUCUGAUGCUCGGUAAAUUUGCAAUGUUGAGCUAUGAGACUCACCAACCCUACACAGUGAGUAGUUGGUGCAAGUUACCUCUUUAUGAGGCAAGUUUUGGAUGGGGAUCGCCGGUUUGGGUCGUCGGCAAUGUUGCUCCGAUGUUGGACAAUGUAACUAUGUUGAUGGAUUCCAAGGACGGACAAGGAAUUGAAGCGUUGGUCACAUUACCUGAAGAAAACAUGAUGUGUUUUGAACAGAACACAGAACUCCUUGCUUAUGCUUCUAUGAAUCCAAGUGUCUUGGUCGAAUAGUUAUUGCUAUUGCUAUUUUAUAUAUGUUUUAGUAAUGUUAUAAUAAUUAAGCUAAUUAAAAUAAAAUAGAUAUGGGUAACUAAGUGGUUUGUGCUAUUGAAAUGUUGUAAUAAAUAAAACUAUGUUGCAUGUAGUUGUAAGAAAUCCCAUUAUGUUGCAUAAAUAAAACUAUUGAUGAACUUUUUGUUUUAUUAA